GCCGGCAGCACCGAGCGCAGCAGGUUGCGACACCAUCGUACCGAGGGACAGAUCCUGCCCUCAGUGUCCUCAAGCCAGGAGGCUCCCAGCCACAAACAAUAUGCCCAUUGUAAAAUACCCCAGGGCUACAGAGCCUCUCUGGCAUGAAUGGGACAGGAAAGCACAGAAAUGUGGAUUAAGACACACGGCCUAUGCUGUAAAUGGGGAUCAGUACACCGGGGAAUGGCUGGACAACUUGAAACACGGUAAAGGCACCCAGGUAUGGAAACGCACCGGAGCUAUUUAUAGCGGUGACUGGAAGUUUGGGAAGCGGGAUGGUUACGGCUCGUACAGCAUUCCUGACCCCGUAACCAAGGAAUACAAGAAGGUGUACACAGGCUGGUGGAAAAACGACAAAAAAUGCGGCUAUGGGGCGACAUUUUACCCCGACGGGGAGCGCUACGAGGGUGAGUGGAGCAGUGGGCUGCGGAGCGGCUGGGGACGGAUGUACUACCGGGAUGGAUCCAUCUAUGAGGGACAGUGGCUGGAGGACCGGCCCAGUGGGCAGGGGAUGCUGCGGCUGCUGAUCUCAAGGCUAGUAAUUAGCUAAGCAAAGCAGCUGGGAGGAACGAGCACAACCUUCACUGCACAUCACAUGCACGAUUGCACCCUUUCUGCUGACUGUAAAGUCACUUUGGACCAAUGGCUUGCCCAGAUGAAAUCAGCACUCGCGUCCAGGGGUAACUCCUUCCACCGAUCCACUUCACUCCCAUCAAAAUCACCCUCCGCAUUAUACACUGACGACCCCUUGGGGCUGAGCUGCAGCUGAUGCGCUGUUCCGGAGCCCGGUUGCUUCCAGCAUAGCCUGCAAGCGAUUGCGAGCUGGAUUCCUUUUGGUUAAAAUUAGCCAGAGCAAUUAUUUCAUACCCACAAGCUUAAUGUAUUCAGCUCAGCCGCUGGAAGCGUGCCCACGUGCCGGCAGCUUGGCGAUGGUGAAAGAAAAGGAGUUCUUCAGUGGAGGUCACGAUGAGCUGCAGCUCAAGAUUAAAUUGCUUGUAGUGGCAGCGUGCCUGGUGAGGGCGAGCUUGGCUGGGAGCACCGCGCUGACUUGCCGCCUCUGCUACAGGCAACUGACUUUUAAACCAGAGCAUUACAUGUCCGCAGAGGAGAUCUCGGCUGUGAGCAACACAGCCUCCGAGAUGCUCUGGGAGGGGAGCAGAUGGGAGCAGCCGGGGCAUUCGAUGGCCCCUCCAUCACAGCUAGGUCUGUGAUUUUGGUGGUUUCUGAGUUGUCGGUGGCUGGAGAGAAGCUGAGCUGCUCCCAGCAGCAGGCAGGGCAGGUCGGUGUUGCAGGUCAGCACACCACCAGAUGUGAGCUGAAGAUAACCAGCGCUACGGCUCCAACCUGUAAACCAGACCCUGCCUGAAGAGCCCGGCAGCCAUGCUCCCCAGGAACAUUUUUGGGUUUUCCCUCUUGCCUUACGGCAUUCUGGCAAUCCCCAGCUUCCUCUGUGGCUCUGUGCUGGGUGCCCUGGUAUUUCAGCCACCUCUUGCCAUGAAGAAUGGCAGAGUUCAGAUGAGACCCAAAGAUAUUUCUGCUAAGUAACUUGGUUAGAAACCCCGUGGUUUUUGACUUAGAAAUGCUACGUCUGGGAAAAGGGGACAGCAGAGGAUUCACAGAGUGAGAACAGGGUGGCCUGUAUGUAUCCCAGCCCCAACAUCAUCGCGGAUGUGAUGCCCCUUCUCAACCAACGUCUCUGGAUGAGGCUGCUCUCUUCCCCUUGCAGCUCUGCUCUCCCAUUUGGUAAUGGAUGAAUGGAUUCCUGGAGAGCAGCACUGAGACCAAAAAAACCCCCUCUCUCAACUUGCAGAAAAAACACCAAGAGAUGCAAUACAGCUGGAAAAACAGUCUCUAACUGAUUGCCUGAACCGUUCAGACACUCACAGCGAUUCUUGCUCAGUAAUUCAUUGAGGAAAAACAUAACUACAAGUAUUACUUGAAAUCAAGAUUAUUUUGACUGGACAACAAUCAGACAGUGCUGCUGUUCCUUUCCCAGACAAACAAGCCUCUUCAAGCCAGAGAUCCUGCGUGAUUUGUUGCAGUGACAAACCCAAAACUUCUGUCCUAUAAUUUUUCAUGUUGUGAAGAGUGACUCAGCUACUAGUCUUGCCCUGGGCUCACUCGCUCCAAGUUAUCAGCAAAAAAUGAAUAUCGCCGGGAGAAGAACGAAGCAGGUGAAUGCAGUUCUUGUUCCAAGCGGGCAAGCGUGGGUUUCUUCCGCAGCCUUUUCUCCCUCUGUGGCACAGCAAACUGAGCACCACAAAAGCAGAAUGACACGCUGUGCCACAG